AUGCAAGAAAAGGGUGUUGAUUGCAAUGAGGAGUCAGGCUCCCUGUUAUCCCCUUCGACGUUGACGGCGUUGCGUCACACGCGUCUCUUGCCGCGCAGUAUCCCUCCUUCCUUUGCGCUGCAGAGUCAGUUGAUUGGCGCAGAGUUUUGUGCCUCACUCUCUGCAGCGAUGUUGGAAUUGCUGCAAAAUACUCCGAGUGGUCUCUCGCCGCUUGACUCCAACGCCUCCAAAAUGUUGACAGAUGUGAAUUCACCCGUGACAGCCCUUCUUUACGAUCUCUCGGCGCAUUACGGGUCGCACACGCUCCGCAGAGCGGCAAGCCAUCCAUUGGGGCCGUGCUACACAAGCCGUCGGAGGCGUUUGUCGAACGGUCAACACGAUGGAAGACGACAGUUGUGGUCGUUGCGUGCAGCUCAUCGUAUGUGGUGCCGCCGCUGCGGGGUGUACCUUUUAGCAGGAGAGACCAAGGCGCUUCUUUCAACGUCGCGAACGAGUUCAUUCCAAAUUCCUGGCGACGUCGAUGAUGUGAAUUCCUCCGACAUGAAGGAGCUCAAUGAAAAGCACACGGCGACCAGAGGAACAUAUGUGUGCCGCCGCUGCAUGAACAAUGAAUGGCUGUCACGGGGGAAGAAAGUCUGCGUGUCCACACCACCAACAAAAUCAUCACCUUCCUGUGGUCAACUAUCAGAGAUAACGGACGAAAAGUCACCAUCGAAGACACCGCUGCAUGCUUCAGACACAACUUUUGGCGUUUCUGUGGAGGCACGACUUGCCACCAUUGUGGGCCGCACACGCAGGCGGAAGCGCAAUAAACGUGGAAGCGUGGUGAGGACUCCUGCCAUGGCGAUGAGGAACACAUCCACCAUUCCAAAGGCGGCUCUUCGUGCGGUUCCUAAAGGCUCCUUGGCACGCGGGAAAAGAAGCCGUUCGGCUGCCUCGAAGGAGCCGGCCCCUCGCAAGAAGGAUCGUCUCGCAAUGAAUAUUCGUAGCGCAGAACAAGACGUCAGCGCUGUGGCACCGGUGCGGGGGGAGGCUCGAACGGAGGGGUCUCCUUCGACCUCGAAAGUUGUCUCGUGUGCGGGAAGACCUGAGUUCUCGACAGAUGAAAGUGAAGUCAAUGCGCAAUUUCCCACACUUCCGCGAGGACCACCACCAAAAGGUCGUCGUCACACUUUCAAAAAAAGCGGCAACAGCUCGAGAGGAAAUCCUUCUUCUAAUUCAUUUGCCGACACUCUCUCAAGACUCGGUCUUUAG